CCCCUGUCCUCGCACUUCCGAGCAACAGAAUGGUGAGCGUUGAGGAGAUCCGGAGGGCACAGAGGGCCGAGGGUCCUGCCACCGUGCUCGCCAUCGGAACCGCCACUCCGACCAAUGCAGUCGACCAGAGCACGUACCCUGACUACUACUUCAGGAUCACCAACAGCGCGCACAAGACCGAACUGAAGGAGAAGUUCAAGAGAAUCUGUGAGAAAUCAAUGAUAAAGAAGAGGUACAUGCACUUGACGGAAGAGAUAAUGAAGGAAAACCCAAACAUCUGCACCUACAUGGCCCCAUCACUGGACGCACGGCAAGACAUGGUGGUGGUGGAGGUGCCCCGGCUGGGGAAGGAGGCUGCGGCCAAGGCCAUCAAGGAAUGGGGGCAGCCCAAGUCCAAGAUCACCCACCUCAUCUUCUGCACCACCAGCGGGGUGGACAUGCCCGGUGCCGACUACCAAGUGACCAAGCUCCUGGGCCUGCGCCCCUCUGUCAAGCGGGUCAUGAUGUACCAGCUGGGCUGCUUCGCCGGCGGCACGGUCCUCCGCAUGGCCAAGGACCUGGCGGAGAACAACAGGGGUGCUAGGGUGCUGGUCAUAUGCUCCGAGAUCGCCGCUGUCAUGUUCCACGGGCCGAGUGACGCCCACCACGACAACCUCAUCGGUCAGGCGCUCUUUGGCGACGGAGCGGCUGCAAUCAUCGUUGGAGCAGACCCAGUCCUUGACAUGGAGAGGCCCAUUUUCGAGCUGGUCUGGACGGGGCAGACCAUCCUGCCGGACAGCCAUGGGGCUAUAGAAGGGCACCUACGCGAAGUGGGCUCGACCUUCCACCUCCUCAAGGCCGUGCCCGGGCUCAUAUCGAAGAACAUCGAGAAGAGCCUGGUCGAGGCGUUCGACCCGCUCGGCAUCUCGGACUGGAACUCCUUGUUCUGGAUCGCCCACCCCGGCGGUUCUGCCAUCCUUGACCAGGUCGUGGAGAAGCUGAAGCUCAAGACCGAGAAGAUGCGUGCUGCCAGGCACGUGUUGAGUGAGUACGGGAACAUGUCCAGCGCCUGCGUGCUGUUCGUAAUGGACGAGAUGAGGAGGAAGUCGAAGGAGGAAGGGGCGGCCACCACCGGGGAAGGGCUCGAGUGGGGUGUUCUCUUUGGGUUCGGACCAGGGCUCACGGUCGAGACCGUCGUGCUGCACAGCGUGCCGAUCAGCGCCUGAAUAUGGAACGGAGCA